GUCCACUCACAGUAACUUGACACAGUUGGAUGGACAAACUGCAGCCAGACUGGCGUCGCUAAGCUAACGAGGCAGACACGGACAACUUCUACCUGAUUUCUACUGCAGCACGAACAGUUCCGUGUUUUUCUAAACUCAGCUGCACACGAGACACAUCCAGAUCAGAAGCAGCUCGCUGAUUUUGCCACUUCUCCCUCUGAUGAUGAGAAGUUUGUGAUCUACCUGACCUACAGCUGAAUAGUGUUUCUUCCUGAUGAUGUGAAACUGAGCCAACAACACACAAACUCUCAGCAAGUCUAUACAGGGACACAAACCAAGAUGUCUAUCGCCAACACUCCCACCAGCAACGAUGCUUGCCUGAGCAUCGUGCACAGCCUGAUGUGUCACAGGCAGGGUGGCGAGAGCGAGACGUUCGCCAAGCGGGCCAUCGAGAGCCUGGUGAAAAAGCUGAAAGAGAAAAAAGACGAGCUGGACUCUCUCAUCACCGCCAUCACCACCAACGGGGCCCAUCCCAGCAAGUGUGUGACCAUCCAGAGAACGCUAGACGGACGGCUGCAGGUGGCGGGACGUAAAGGGUUCCCUCAUGUCAUCUAUGCACGGCUGUGGCGAUGGCCCGACCUGCAUAAGAAUGAACUGAAGCACGUCAAAUACUGCCAGUUUGCCUUUGACCUCAAGUGUGACAGUGUGUGUGUCAACCCCUAUCACUAUGAGAGAGUGGUGUCUCCAAGCAUAGACUUAUCAGGACUGACCCUGAACAAUUCUGGAUCCAGCUCAGGAAUGAUCGUAAAGGAUGAGUACGAUUUUGACGGACAGCCAAGUUUGCCUUCCAUCGACGGGGUGCACUCCCUCCAGACCAUCCAGCACCCCCCAUCUGGCAGCCGGCCGGUCACGUCUGAGGCGUUUGCAACCCCAAACCUGCUCCCACCUGCUGAGGCCUCCACGUCUGCCUCAUCAUCGUCCUUCCCUGCCAUCGCUGCUGGAUCAGGCAGUGCCAGCUCCACCUGGUCCAGGGGCAGCAGUUUCACCCCCAACAUACCGCACCAUACCAACGGUCAUCUACAGCACCACCCUCCUAUGCCACAUCCAACACACUAUUGGCCGGUGCACAAUGAGCUCGCCUUUCAGCCUCCUAUAUCCAAUCAUCCAGCUCCUGACUACUGGUGUUCCAUUGCCUAUUUUGAGAUGGACGUUCAGGUGGGGGAGACGUUUAAAGUUCCCUCUUCUUGCCCCAUCGUGACAGUGGACGGUUAUGUGGACCCGUCGGGAGGAGACAGGUUCUGUUUGGGUCAGCUCAGUAACGUACAUCGCACUGAGGCCAUCGAAAGAGCCAGGCUUCACAUCGGUAAAGGGGUCCAGCUCGAGUGUAAAGGUGAGGGAGACGUGUGGGUGCGAUGCCUCAGUGACCACGCUGUGUUUGUCCAGAGUUACUACCUGGACAGAGAAGCGGGCCGGGCCCCCGGAGACGCUGUUCACAAAAUCUACCCCAGCGCAUACAUCAAGGUGUUUGACCUUCGACAGUGCCACAGACAGAUGCAACAGCAGGCGGCCACAGCUCAAGCAGCAGCAGCAGCUCAGGCAGCAGCUGUGGCUGGAAAUAUACCUGGACCUGGAUCAGUAGGAGGCAUCGCUCCAGCUAUUAGUCUGUCAGCGGCGGCCGGUAUAGGGGUAGACGACCUGCGGAGGCUGUGCAUCCUGAGGAUGAGUUUUGUUAAGGGCUGGGGGCCAGACUACCCCCGCCAGAGCAUCAAGGAGACCCCAUGCUGGAUCGAGAUCCACCUGCACAGAGCUCUCCAGUUACUGGAUGAGGUUCUGCACACAAUGCCUAUAGCAGACCCUCAACCUCUGGACUAACCUGUUUCUAACUGCAGCAUUGUACUGAACCAGUGUAAGAGCCGUGAAGCUGUGACACUGAAACUGUCCCACAUGAGAAAAACCUUUUGAGGUGUGUUUGAGGCCCCUUUGUGCGCUGUGGCCCUGAGAGGAAAACUAAAUCCAGUCACACCAAAGCCAUGUAUGAAAGAUAUGUUCACCCAUAUUUCUGAUAGAUGGCUUUGAGUUGUGAUUGUGUGAGUGGAUAAGAUAUCACAAGUAGCUGCAAUCCUAAAGCACCACAACAUGCACGUAGAAGACCUGCAGGUCCCAUUAAAACUGGAGUGUUACACAGACUAAUCAUCGUCCCAGUAUUCAACCAUCAACGACUGACAGGUAUAGGAGUCAAUGAACAACAGGAACAUGUGAGCGCUGUGCAGCUGUGGGAUGAGACGCCGCACACAGAGGCUCUCCUAUCUAGUGUCUGCUGCUGCCUUUCUGCCUAUCACCUCUCUGCAGCUGUUACACACUGAUCUACACCUGGGAGGACGAGCGAGUUCAGUCAUGUCUUCAGGCUGAACAGAAAAUCACUCGCGCUCUGAGCGGCAGGGAUCUCUGCUGGAUGUCUCGCUGAUCGCUGCCUCUCAGCCCCCGGGGACCAGCCUGCUGGAUCAGGUCGUUCACAGACAUCCACAAACGUUAAAGAACGCGCAGCAUGGCUAGACUGAACUGAAACAGGUCAAGACUAGUGGCUUUUCUACGUCAGGUGUUGCCAAUUUACAGGGUUGGAUUUUAAAAGAUGGUUUCAUUUCUGUGCCUGGUGGGUGUCCAUUGACAAAUCCUUUUCUCUAAUUAGACAAGAUGUAGAUUAAAACAUCGAAGUGUCAGGAAUAUCCUUCUCUACACAUCAUACAGCAGCUACAGUGAUGCUGUUUUUUUGGGGGGUGUUGUAACAUGACAUACAAAGUUAAAUUACCAAUUGGAAAUGCAGUGUCUUGAAUUACUUUGAGUGAUUUUAUCAUUUCUUUCUGGGGUAAAAAAAGAGUGAUGACAAGAGGCCUAUAGAAGCAGUUUCCACCUCCUGUUUCAGGUGCGGUUACCGUUUUGAAAAACACUUUUUCAUGCUGUCACAGAAGAUAGAUCUCAUUGGCUCUCAGCCUUUUCUCACUUUCCUGCUGAGAGCAGAAAAGGAAAAGGCUGAGAUUCUUCUGGCUCAAUAAGAUUGAAGUAAGGAGGACAGACAGUUGAUCUCAGAUGGCUGAGAUUCUGGUUACAUCCACAUUACUAUGGUUUCGUUUUAAAAAGCAUCAACUCUGCUACCAGGCGUCCACACUACUCCGGAGUGCUCGAGCUGCUAAAACAGAAGUUCAGGAAUGCUGCUGACCCUGUUUUAGUUUGAAAACUCUGGUUUCAGUCUGGUCGGGCAAAACAGAUGUUUGGAAAGUUGACGUAGACACAGUCACUUGCCGAUCGUGUCUUUUCGCUGUAGUAGUAUGGAUGAAGCCUUAUCACAGUACAAGGGACAUGGUUUAUCGAUUGUUUCACAAACCAAACGCAUGCAUAAGUCUCGUCCAGUCCGCUGCUGGAGUUUACCCCACAUUUGUUAAAAUGUAGGUUUUCUCUAAUUUUGAUUAUUUUUUACUUGUAUUCGUUUAGAUUUUAUCGGGUUUUAUCUUCAGGCACACCUGACAGCCUGUACACAUAAGUUUUGAAUCGGUGCAGCCCACGGUCUUGAUCCAGGUCUCUUGUUCUAGUUGGUUUACAGCGAUGUGAGGAUUUCUACCAGUUUCCCAGCAAUAUUGAUAUAUUUUCUUUGGUUUUUAUUUUUGUUACUUUUAUUAAUUGCAUUAUAUUUUUGUAGCACUUUACUUUUUUUUCCUCUUGAUUUGAAUGAAAUAACCUUUAUUUUGCGACAUGAAUAAUAAGGGAGGGAAUAGGUUGGUGUAUAGUUGACAUAGGAUUGUUAGCAGCGGCAACAUUGUGAUGCAAUCGUUUAAAAAAAAUAAAAUAAUCAGUUUUCACUCUAGACAUUUACACUAAUCUUUAGGGAUUCUUUGAGUUGUCAUUUUUCUUAUUGAUUUGCAGUUAUUUUUCUGUUUAAUCCAUGUAAAUAACUUUGUUUUUGAAAUGCACGUCGAUGUUUGCAUGAACUUUUAAUCACAAAUAGAUCCUUUUAUCCCCACUCCUGUAUUUGACAUUGGGUGCUUCACUUUGCCUGCAUUAGAUGAGGAAACAGGACGAGGAGAACAUAAACACAGAGGGAUGCUACAUGGCCACAAAUAAUGUAAAUGAUUGAAUUUGAUUAUAAAAUCCUCUUUUUAGCAGCAGAGCUCUUGUAAAAAAUGUCUCCCAAGAUCUAAUUUUGUAAAAAUGAAGCAGCUCCUUCAGUAAAAUGAGUACAAGCAUAUUUUCUCUUUCUGCGCUGAUGUUGUAACGGGUGAUGGUUGUUUGACACAAGAUUUGAUUUCAGCACGAGUGCCCUGCGCUGCAUGUGAUACUCUUUGUUACACUGCUUUUAAAGGCUUCUCUCAUAGAAUACGCAGUGUCAUUUAGGAACAAACGUUUCAUUCAUUCUCCUUUUGUUGAGACUCGCAAACAUCCGAUCAUGAUUGAUAUUUUUUACUCCAAAAUCCCAGAGUCUGUUCUCAUCAUCUGGUAACACAGCUCUCGGACAAUAUCUUUUUAAAUCACUUAAUGUCUAUGUCCCUUCACAGGUGUUUUCUUUUUUUUUUACAACACUGUUUUGGUUGGUUACUACGACAGAGUAUUAGGGCCAUAUCGUAGAGAAUAAAUUCAGAGCUUUUGAGAAUACUAUUACUAGAAAAUGGUCGUGUCAGUCCUGACGUCCUGUAAGUCCUGAUACUUAUGAUAACGUGAUGCUGAUGUGACAAUAUAUUCAAGAUUUAGUUAUUUAAGAUAAUUGUAUAACUUAACAAGUCGCUCCACGUUCUUUAUUAACACACAAGAUGAUCUUCUCAUAUUCCUCAAACAGGACAAAGCCUAAAAUUACAGUUUUAUUCUCAUAAAAAAACUAUUAUUAAAAUAACUAAUAUUAUUCUCAAAGUCUGUCUUUUUCCCCUUUAAGUGGCCCCAAUACUCUGUAAGUCACUAUUGACUUGGAUUUGUUCUAGGUUAAGUUUGGGUCUUUUCAUCACAGGACAUUUUAAACUUGUUUCCUGUUGAGUAGAACUAUGCAGAGUGAUUCAUGUCCUCUGUCCCAUUCUCCUGUUUCACUAAAGCUAAAAAAUCAUUGUUAAAGGAGUUUCUACAUCAGGGAUGAAAAGAGUCAACGCUUGAGGUUUAUUCACAUAAUUAUGCAUCUGAUUUAUUGAGUGGCAGGAAGAGAGAUAUUUUCUGACACGUUACUGAAAGAAAUGAUGCCGAACUCUGUCUGGAGAAACUGUUAUUUUCUGUUUGACUUUGCGCUGGACAGAUGUUUUUAUAUUACUUGCAGUUAUUAGGAGCCUAAAGACACAGCUGGAAUGAGCUGAUGUUGACUACUAUGACAGAUAUGAAUUUUACCUGUAUUUCUUAUGUGAGAGUCUAUAAUUAAACAUGGCCUGAUAUUCUC